AUGGUGCGAGAGAUAUGGUGGCAACAGCGCCGUCACCCAGAAAGGGGCAUCGCCAUGCAGAGACCAAGCGGAGAAGGUUUCGAGAAAUGUAAAGAGUCUUCGUCGCCUCGGGCUCUGCCUGCGAGCACCACGGUUUCUCCUGCGCUUCGCUCCAAGUCAUCGGGUGCAAAGCGUGAGGACGCCAAGUCCGGCAGUGAGGGAAGUGAACACGGAGGAGAGGGGAGAGACGGUGCGCCCGAAGGAGGAUGGAACGAAGAGGGAAAUGGAGCCCUCUCGGUCCCUUUGAUUCCUCGCCACUGCCGAGCCCCUGAGGCUGCAGCUUACACAGCUCGCCUCGCUGACCUGGAACAGCUGCUCAGCCGGCAGGGCGCCUUGCACUGCCGCCUCGCCCUCCAGUGUCUGUACACCGGUGCGGAGGCUUCCAGUUCCCCUGCGAAGGAGGGCGGGGAAGAGCGCGGUGGAUCCCUUUGGUGUCAGCCAUCUGCUCAGAGCCAGAAGGGGCUGCCUUCCCGAGAGCAGGCCUUGAUGUGCGCAUAUCGGAGUGGAGCCGAGACGAAGGAGCAGCGUUUCAGCCGGUAUCGCGCAGAAAUGAGACGGCUCUGGGUUGCGCGGGAACAAGACGUCUUCCGUUUUCUACGGCAGUGCUGCACUGUACAGGGUCUCAAUCGGAUCCCGUCUGUUUGGUCUCCCGCGCGUUCGUCCCCGCCGUCUCCCGCCGCUCGUCGAUUGGCUGCUGCGGUCGAGGUCUGUGCCGACACCCCGAAGUCGAGUGUUGCUUGGUCGCCAGCUGCGCGCGCCGCGGAGGCCGCAGAGAACCCGGCUGACGCGGAACAGACAGACAGACCAGAGCGAGGCGGGGAGACGCGGCGAGAAGCUCGCAUGCGGCGAAGCGUCGCGAAAGUGUGCGGGCAGGGAUCUCCAGGAACCCCCGUCGAAGUGCCAGGCGAAUCGGACUCGCAGGCGACGCGUGCAGGAGACAGCGGUCGUGAGCACGGAGAACACGUCGAGAAGGCGAAAAAGGGAGAGGAAGAAGAGGCAGGAAGGCAGACUGAACUUUCCAGGAAAGCGACUGAGAUCGGCCCAGCACAGCCGGCCUCAGCGUCGACUCUAAUGACCAGACGAGGAGUCGCAUUCUACCAAGACCUUCUCCAAACCAAUCUGCAUGUCGCCGCCCAGGCCGCCGACGUGAGCGAGACAGCGACGUGCGCAGCUGCGCUGCUGCGCCAAGUGCCCCAGGACAUCCGUUCGUGGCGGAGCGAAGGCGAGAAGGGCGCGGAUCCCCAGCGGGAUAGGGCGGAGGCCCGACCGAGCAAGUUGCGCAGCGACGGCCACGGCCGAGACCGAUGCUUUGAACGAGAGCGAGACUCUCCUGGGAUGGCUGCGGGCAAAGACACCUCAACUGACGAAAGUGGAGAAGAGGGAAGAGAACAACGCAGCGGCGAAGACACAUUUGGGCGGCGCGGGAGUCACCGCAACACGCCACGAAGACGAGAAGCUGGUGUACCUUCCGAACAGGAUCCUCCUCGUUCCUCGUCUGGCAACGGUGCGGCGCCGCAACGGAAACACGCAGAACCGAAGCGAGAUGAGGAGGUACAUGAGGGCGCGGAUGAGACUAGACGACGGCUGGCCCUUCUGGAGGCUGCGUGUUGCCGUUUGUUUCUUGUCUGCGUGCGGGCCGCGACAAAACCCAUCGUUUCUUCCCAUUUGCCGUCCUGUUUCGGAGGGUCGUCCUCGAUUGGAACAAACACCGCAAUCGUGGAGUGUUUGAGCGUUGUCCGACGGCUCUUCGAACACGUAGGCGUCCCGCGGGAGGAGACCGGAAACCGGUCGAAGGGUGACAAAAACGGAAACGGCCAUGAGGAACAGGAAGCAAGGAACGUGUCUGUGGGAGAGCGGGAGCUGUCGUGGUGUAGCUGGCUUAUGAAAUUCUCUGGGGAGGCGAAAACGAAAGGAGCCGGGGAAUCGCGAAAUCUUCGAGAAAGGUCACCUCCGUUCUCCUCCGUAGUGAAGGUCGUGAAGGAGGUGUGCAGAGAGCUGCGACUUGGAAACUGGGCUCGUGUCCUCAAGGUGUACGUACACCUCAAAAGCCUCGCAGUGGCGUUGUUGAGCCGAGGGAAAAGUCCGAACCCACGUCUCGGGACGGCCAAUGCCAGGGCUUCUUCCGCUUCUUCCCGUAGAGAACCACUAGCAGAAACUGAGGACAUGGACGAGAAGGAAACUGUCGACAGCAGCGGAAAUAGUCGCUACUGGUGUGCUGUUCCCAACGAGUUCUGCGUAGGAGCCAGCGCUGAAUUGCUCCUAACUACACUGUUCCUGCUGGAAGUGUUUGUGAGUGACCUCCGCGUCGCAGCAGGGGAGGUGUUCGUUAACGUGGCAUCGCGACAAAGCGGCCUGGCGGAAAAGGGACAUAGGCUGAAAGAGAUGCUGCGAAGCUUCCCGGUUGGACCUGCAGGAGCCGCCAUGGCUGUCGGGAAUGCUCGGCAGUUGCCUAGCUCCGCUGAAAAGGACGGGGCGGCAUCAAUUAAACGCGUGCAAAUCAAACGAAGCAGCCUCAGUUCUCCUUUCGUCCCGUCCUUCUCUCCUCUGAACGCGUUUGUUCACUCCCUGCCUACGUCUAUACAGCGUUCGCUACAAAGCGAUGCUUGGCUCAAAGAAGCAAAGGCGGACGCCGACGCGGCUGCGCGUGUGGUGCUCGAGGAGAGGCACUCUGCACCCUUUCCGAGAGAUAAAACACCACGAACAGAAAGGAAUGGAAAUGCACGUCUUUUACAGUUGAAGGCCCUCGACGAUCUGCAUAUUCAAAGUACCUCAAAAAAGAAAACGGACUAG